AUGUUUAAAUUACCUCGAACAAAUUUAUUAUUAAUCAUAUUAAUUUGGUUAAUAAAACACUCAUUGCAAGAUGUAAUCUAUGAAAUAGAAGACUCGCUACAGGCUGAAUUGGAAAUGGCUAAUUUAGAAUUUAUGGAUGUUUGUGAUAAACUGGCCGAUGGUUAUUUAAAGUCUUACACAAAAAACGACCUACUUUUAAAGGUAGAUGCUGAAAAAGAAUAUGGAAAAUUAUUAAAAGAAACUUCCAUGGGUUUAAAGGCAUUCACAAAUAUUCCUCCGGAAUUGGAAAGAAACCAUACUUUAUACAUUUAUCCUGGUGACCCAUUAAUGCCCCGAGAGAGUUAUAAUAAGUUAAUUGAAUUUACAAAUAAAAACGAACAAAUAAAAAAUUCCGUCAAACGCCCUUGUGUAGAGCUUGUUGAUGGCUGUCCUUUGACAACUGAAGAAUAUAGGAACAUUUUAAAAGACUCUAAGGACUUAGAUUACCUAAAUAUAACAUGGGACAGAUGGCAAAGGAAUUACAGUACCAUGAAAGUGGAAUACAGAGAAAUAUUGAAUUUAGUUAGUGAAGCUGCUGUUCUAAAUGGUAUUGCAAGUGCCCCUUCAUACUGGGAAAAUCUUCUGGAAUACGAGGAUGCCUACUCCAAAGCGGAGAUAUUUUGGGGGGAAAUAGAACCGCUCUACAAAAAAUUGCACAAUUUCGUUAAAAAACGGUUAACAAACAUUUUCAAUCUAACGGAAACGAUCGAUGAAAUUCCCGUAUUUUUAUUAGGUUCUAAUUUCGGAAAUGACUGGACAUAUUUGGCGGAUGCCAUUUUACCCCAUCCGCAAGUUCAUUAUGAUAUUGAACAGAGUUUAAAAACUAAAACUAUAUACGACAUCUACAAACUAGCAGAAACGACAACAUCGCAAAUGAAACUCGGAAAGUUUGGGAACAAGUUUUGGAAAUCCAGCACAUUUAAUUCCUCGUCGUGUGAUACCCACGUUUUGACUUACUGUACCAAAGAAUUCUCAGAGGUGAUAGACUGCAACAAAACAGACUGGUCGAAAUAUUUGGAUGCCCACCAGGCAGCCUUAAAAAUAACCCUUAACAACAACCACUUUUACUCGUUGAUGAAUUCAAAUUUGCGGGUUCCGAUAAUAGACGAGAUGAUCGAGAGUUUGGCGCCGAUUUUGGCCUUCGAAAAUCUGCCUCAUAACAAAGUUCUCGAGGAGAACGUUUUUAAAUCCGACGAGGAAGUUUAUAGUACUAAAAGACUGAGCGGUUUGAUGUUGCUUGCGUUAAAGGUUUUGCCCAAGUUACCUUACUAUUUGCUAGCGGACAAAUGGAGGUUGCAGCAACUGUUGGAGCCCACGGAGGAUUUGUGCGCCAGCUGGUGGGAGAUGAGGAGUAAAAUACAGGGAGUUUCGGGAAUAACAAAUGAAGAAUGCGACUUUCUAGGAGAUUCAGACAUAUCAUCAAAUAAACCACUAAUUGGUAAAUUUUUUGGCGCUAUUUUGGGAUUUCAAUUGUUGAAUGAGUACAGAAGUAAAAUUGUUGAUAAAACCCAAAACCUGGCCAUAGAGAUUGGAAAAAACAGUAAUUUUAUGGAUAUGGUAAACGCCCGCGACACAGACGAUUGGCAGUACUUGUUGACAAUAUACUACGGUUUAAACGAUUUUUCGCCCAGCGCAUUACUGGAGUACUUUAAACCCCUCGAAGACUACCUGGAAAGCGCGCCAAUGAAACAGGCGGAAAUCGUUACGAUUACCCCUGCCACAACCACAACGACCUCGACCACAGCUAGGUCUACAACGAAGCCAAGGAGGCAAGACCUCAAAAAUAUACAGAGUGAUUCCCCGAAACGCAACGUCACCGCCGAAAGUGAAGCCAUCAAACCCGAUGUGGCAUCUGCGCCUUCCACCGUGACGGUAUACGUUGUAAUGGCAGUGAUGGGGGUCACUUUGGUUGGGGCGAUGGCGUUUUGGGUGGUCAAAAAGAAAAAAAUCAGAACGAACAAUCGACGGUUCGAGGCCUAGGCUAUCCAGUAUUUUGCGUUUAA